AUGGCAGUCUCCCUGCUGGUGCUGUGGGCGUCUCUGUGCGCCGUGUGGGCGUGUCCGCGCGAGUGCCGCUGUUCCCUGGACGAGCGCGGGCGGCGCGGCGUGCGGUGCGAGGGCGGCGGGAUGCGCGACCCGGUGCCCGUGAAGGACAUGGGCACCGACACCGAGCUGCUGGUGAUCGCGGCGCCGAAGGAGAAGCCGAACGCCCUGUCGCUCGGACCCAUCUUCAGCAAGCUGCGCCACCUGGAGGAGAUCCACAUCACGUGGUCCGGGGUGCCGGCCCUCGGCGCGCACUCCUUCUGGGGCCUCCACCGCCUGCACGUCCUCAACUUCACCAACAACCACAUCUCCGCCCUCAUGGACACCAACUUCCGCGGCGCCGACGCCCUGCGGCACCUGGACCUGAGCCACAACCGCAUCCAGAGCGUGCCCUCCGCCGUGUUCCGCCACGUGCGGCACCUGCGGACCCUCACGCUGGCCCACAACAUGGUGCCGGAGCUCGUGCCUCGGAUGUUCUUCGGCCUCACCAAGCUGGAGAGGCUGGACCUGAGUUACAACCCCCUCGGCGACCUCCAGCCCGAGAGGUUCACCGACGUGCCCGACCUGCGGCAGCUGUCCUGCGCCGGCUGCAGCCUCAUGUCCAUCAGCAGCACCCUCCUGCAGUCGCUGUCGCAGCUGCGGGAGUUGGACCUGCGCAAUAAUCGCCUGACGCAGAUCCCCAUCGGCGUGGCGUCCGCAGCCUUGCCCAACCUGGUCAGCCUCAUGCUGGACGGCAACCACCUGUCCUUCGUGGAGCGCGGCGCCAUCUCCGGCUCGCCGCUCGUCAGCCUCCACCUGGCGCACAACCGCAUCAGCCGCCUCGAGGUCGACGCCUUCUCCAACAGCUCCAUCAAGCACCUGGACUUGUCCUACAACCGCAUCUCGCACCUCGAGCCCGGCGCCCUCGAGGACAUCCUCGACCAGCUGCACGAGAUCAAGCUCUCGGGCAACUCCCUGCACGUGGACCAGCUGAUGAGUGUGCUGCCCAACGCGCGCCAGCUGCGCUACCUCGGCCUGGGCGACAUGGGCCACACCAAGCUGCCGGCCGAGCUGCUCCGCCACGCCCGCCACCUCCACCACCUCAACCUCUCGGCCAACUACCUGACGGCGCUCUCCACCGAGGUGCUGUACAACGCCCCUCACUUGUACACCCUCGACCUCUCGCUCAACAGCUUCCGCGGGCUGGAGGAGCAGCUGGUGGAGUCCAUCACGGCCGCCUCCGAGCUGCGCACGCUCCGCCUGGAGGGCAACCCGUGGCAGUGCGACCAGUGCCACGUGGGGCCUCUGCUGCGCUGGCUGCAGGACGCGCCCGACCAGGAGUCCGGCUGCGACGAGCCGAGGGUGUGGACCUGCCUCAAGUGCGUCAGCCCACGGAGCGUGGCCGGCCUGCAGCUCGCCCUCCUACCCCCCGGAGAUUUGCCGCUCUGUCCCUUCACCACGCCCCCCGCGGCCGCCGUCUGGCCGACGUGGGUCGAGCCCUCCUACAGCGUCGUCACAGACGAGCCGGAGUUCCCGAGGGGAGAGCUUAGUCGGCAAGAGGACGCUGAGGGCGGCUGGUCUCUUCAGCGUCUGAUAGAAGAAGAACUGUACUUAGUCAUCGUGGUUGGCUGCGUGGUCGUGCUACUGCUGCUCGCCCUCAUCGUCGUCGCCGUCGUCCUGUACAACCGCCACUCCGCCUUCUACUACACGUACGAGGACGACCCCGAGAAGAAGGAGAAGCUGAUGAAGGCGAAGGACAGCAAGAACAACAACGGCCCGGCCACGAAGACCCCGACCAAGGGCGCCGUCGACGCCACCAUCGCCACCAUCGACGAGAUGACGGACAUCGCCGGCUCGCAGGAGGUGCUCGAGCCCGGCCAGAUCCGCAAGAGCACUCUCAGCAGCUCGCCCGCACUCAACCACUCGCCGGCCGUCAACCACUCGCCAGGGACCAACCACUCGCCCGCAGUCAGCGCCUCUCCUGUCGCCAACCACAACCAUUCGCAGAGUAGCUCGCCGGCGCCCACACAGAACAACGCCCACCCUCAGAACCACUCGACGCCCGCCCACAACGGCCGCACGCCCACCCAGUCGCCAGUCCCCAACGUCGUCCAAGAGGCGGAGGGGCGAGUCGAGAGCCCGACGCUCUAGUAGAGUGGCCGUUGUAGACAAGUUUCGUUUCGUAUCUUUUUUUUCUGACAAAUUAAGAUGAGUCUUAAGGAGAUGUGGCCACGGGAACGGUCGAGCUGGCAUACUAAACACGCGAAAGCAUAUACACGCACACUAACAAAACAAACAAACACUCAAACUCACACACACAAACACACACACACACACACACACACACACACACACACACACACACACACACACACACACACACACACACACACACACACAUUCAAACAAUCAAACAAACAAACAAACAGUCACAAAACCACAAUGACAAAAAUAAACAAACUAUUGAACACUUAUACAUGUACAGUAUAUAUUUUGUAUGGACGUGUAUCUAAAACUGGUUGUACGGCUGUGACAGAAAUGAAAGCACGAAGUUACAUAGUGUUUAUACAAUGACUGGUGGUUGGGGGCUUGGCUUAAGGUCACGUGACUUUCCGAAGGCGUUGCUCGGAGGCGUUGCGUCAGUGUGAGUACGUCCCUUGGCGAUUGUGCAUUGUAGAGAUAAGAAAAAAAAAACUGGUGCAGAGACAGGGAAAAGAAGUUAAAUAAGGGACCUAGGGAGAAAGACAAAGAGAAAGAGAAGUAUUGAACGAAUGGCUCAGAGUAUUUAUUUAGCAAGACGAAUGCUAUACAGAAAAACAAAAAAACGAUUUACCUAAGACUUCGAUGUAUUCCAUAAAAGAUCAAGACAAAGUUAAAAAAAAAACAACAAGAUGUAAAGAUUUUAUGUGUGAAAAAACUAUAUAACCAUUCUGUUUUUAUGUGAUGCCUCCUGCUCUCUCUACUUCCCCAUUACGAACUCUGCAUAUCAAGCUUUCGUUAUUCCUGUCACGUACGUUACCGACAGAGGUCGUCGUUAUUCCUGUCACGUACGUUACGGACAGGGGUCGUCGUUAUUCCUGUCACGUACGUUACGGACAGGGGUCGUCGUUAUUCCUGUCACGUACGUUACGGACAGGGGUCGUCGUUAUUCCUGUCACGUACGUUACGGACAGGGGUCGUCGUUAUUCCUGUCACGUACGUUACGGACAGAGGUCGUCGUUAUUCCUGUCAUGUACGUUACGGACAGGGGUCGUCGUUAUUCCUGUCACGUACGUUACGGACAGGGGUCGUCGUUAUUCCUGUCACGUACGUUACGGACAGGGGUCGUCGUUAUUCCUGUCACGUACGUUACGGACAGGGGUCGUCGUUAUUCCUGUCACGUACGUUACGGACAGGGGUCGUCGUUAUUCCUGUCACGUACGUUACGGACAGGGGUCGUCGUUAUUCCUGUCACGUACGUUACGGACAGGGGUCGUCGUUAUUCCUGUCACGUACGUUACGGACAGGGGUCGUCGUUAUUCCUGUCACGUAUGUUAUGGAUCAGGUCACCGUUAUUCCUGUUGCGUACUAUAUGGACAAGGGGCAUCGUUAUCCCUAUUACGGACAGGGGGUCAACGUUUUUCCUGUUACGUACGUUACGGACCAGGUCAUCGUUACUCCUGCCUCGUACGAAAUGGACCAGAUCAUUCCUGUUACGUACGUUACAAACAGGGGUCAUUCCCAACCAGCGUGACGUCACUGUGCUGAGCUGAGCCGUAACACCAUAGACACACAAGUUAGUCUUCCAAAGAGAGAAUUUCUACUCUUACCUUCUUCAAGAAAUUCCAGGAAAAAAGGAGGGUUAAAAUAAAUCGAUGUAUUGGACCGGCAGUAGCUUCUCGAUAUACCAUUUUUUUUCUCUCUCUCACGAGAAAAAAAAUAAAAUAAAAAUAAAAAGGAAGAAAAGAAAAGGAAAGUUCUGAUCAACAAGUGACUCAUGCUCACUGACUUUGUCCUUUUUUUUUUUUAAAUAUAAUGAUAUCAAAAGAUUUCAGAAAGGCCUUUUAUGUGCAAGUUCUGCCGUUCCUAUUGUCUAGUGUUUGUGAUUUAUGAAGGAUUUUUGUAUAUUGCAGCAAAAGAUAAUAAUAAUAAAAAAAAUAAUUUGAUAUUUUUUCACGUGCUCAUGAGAGAGAUUAAAUAUCUGAUAAGACAAGAGUCCUUUUCGACUGCCUCCUUUAAUUAUAUGCGCUUUCAUCUUUUUCGAUAAACAUGAAGUAAUUAAAAGCUGUAACAAAGAAUAACAUUUAUUUUGGUUAAUAUUCUUGAAUGCUUUGAAAUUCUUCACUUCUGUUAAUUUGUCCAAGUAAAUCACUCUUUAAAAAAAAAGAAAUAGUGAAUCUCAAAUCAGUCUUCAACCUUUAAUCCGAUUUUUAAUGCAACUUUCGAAAACUGGACAAAAAGUCGCAAAAGGGCUUUUUAAUUAAAAAGAUUGUUUGGUAUUUGCCUAUAUAAAAAAACAAACAAUAAACCCCUCUUUAUCCUGCAGCAUAUUCUGUAUUUGUUGUACUAGUCACUAAUUUGUUUUUAUUCCUUUACCAUAUAUGUAUGAUAUAUAUACACAAAUGAGACAUUAAGUGUUCAUAUGAAAAUAUUUCCCAGUGAUUCUAUCAUCUACGCCGUUAAGACUUAUGUUCUACCUGGUGGCAUUCAUAACUGAGAUUAAAAGGGAGUGUGAACUUACAUUCGUAAGGGGGAAAAAAAAGUAUAUCAAAGCUAUACCUUGGAUUGAAAAAAAAAACAACAACAACACUAAAAGGGAAAAAGAAAUGAAUAAAGAGGAUUUAAUCGUUUCUAAACUGAGGUAAAGGAAAUUGCGUGUACGUGCUACAUGCAUAGACAAUUAAAUCUGCUCUAGUCUCUUUUAUGAAUGUUUUUCCUUUUUGUAUAAUGAGUUUUCGAUAAGUAUAUUAUUUUUAACACUGUGUUUUCUUUUCUCUUCGUUCACAAUACUUUACUUUAUCUCCUUCCUUGUAUUUUCUCUUAUUUUUCUUUAUUCUGUGUAAAUAAGGCAUGUAAGUGUGCAUAGCUUAUUUGAUGCUUAUUGUAAAUGUACAAAUUUUAUACUACUCAAGAAUAAUAAAUUAAAUAAAGUCA